GACAUUUGUCAACUGAAAAAAAAAAAUAUCGAAGAAAAAUAAAAAAAGGGAAAGGAUUUCUGUGUCUUUCUUCUAAAAUUCUGUGCAACCAAGAAAGAAAAAAGCUUCCAUCUAAAAAAAAAAACCAAAAUAUUUUUUUGUUAUCACAAAAAACUGAUGCCCUCAACUAAUCAACAACAAUACAAUAAAUCACAAUAAACAUACAAAAGGAGGAUUAUAACAAAUGAGGUGAGUCGCCCAUUAUAGUCGCUUUUGUCCAUAACACAAAAAAACCCAUUUUAUUAAAAAACACAACAAAAUCGAUCGAAAACUAUGUUCGCGUCAUGUAGCCAAAACUUUGAAGAUAGUCCAAUUUCGGACAAUAAAAUGGACAUAUCAGAUGCCACAACAUCUCAAGAAGAGUCCACAGGAGUUUCCCCAAUAAACGACAACAUCACCUCUGACAAUUUAAUCACACAAACUUUGAAUGAAAUGACAAUUGUCGGAUUGGUUGGGGCAGACAAUGGAUUUCUAGACAAUGACACUGUUGUUCCAAAUAAUGUCUUGCGUCUUGGACAAAAAUCUUAUAAUACUCAUCAAGAGAAAACCACAAAUGGUUUACGUAGUGAAUUAGUUCUGGCCAAUAGCCAUCCGCUAAUGUCACCAACUGCAACUGAUUCCGACUCUGAGAAUAGCCACUAUCAGAAUCGAAAGAAAAUCUUCAAUUUCCCAGAUGUUGUGCCAGAAAGCGAACAAAAUAUAACAACGCCGCCAACUAAGCGAUUAACAACAAACGUUUCUUUAGUUGAAGCGAAGAACUCGCUUAAUACAAAUCAUUCUUUUGGCAAACUUAGUCCCAAAAACAGGCUGCGUGUGUCUCCUAUUCGCCCACAUAGUCCGGAUGUGAUAAGUAGCGAAUCGGAGGCUGAGGUUUCGCAGUUCCAAGCUGCUGUUGAAGCCAAUUACCAAUCGGUUGCUUUGAUAGCCAAGAAUCCGAAUCGUUCACUGCAGAAAUCUAUAACAACUCGCAAACAAGUCACCAAUAAUACCAUUGCCACACCCGAGCACAGACUUUCGGAUGAUAUGUCGUCCUUGGAUUCAAUAUCCAAUCAUAGUUUCGAUGAUGAUGAUGAUCUCGAACAUAAUUUGGCUUCCCUUAGUCCCUCGAGUUCGUUAAUAGAUGGUUUAAAUGAUGAUCAUGAUGACGACUUUCCAGAAUUAGACACUCCAACAAAUCUCCAUCCCACAGAUCAGAUUCCUUUCUAUUCGGCGGCAGAUGAACGUCGUGAUUCUAGGAAUUGGCAAAAAAUUACACUCCCUGAUGGACGUACUCGAGAAAUAGAUAUGAAGGUAAUAGAGCCAUACAAGCGAGUGCUUUCUCAUGGAGGGUAUCUCAAGGCUGGUGGUCAUAAUGCGAUAGUUAUGUUUUGUGCUUGCCACUUGCCAGAUAGAUCUCGUGCUGAUUAUCAUUAUGUGAUGGAUAAUUUGUUCUUGUAUGUUGUUAAGACUUUGGAACAGUUGGUAACAGAAGAUUAUGUGUUGAUAUAUUUGCAUGGUGGAUCGAGUCGUCGCAAUGUUCCACCAUUUCCAUGGCUCAAAAAAUGCUAUCAACUUUUGGAUCGAAGAUUGAGGAAAAGUUUAAAGAACUUAUAUUUGGUGCAUCCAACAUUUUGGUUGAAAUCAAUUGUGUGGAUGUCACGGCCUUUUGUAAGUUCAAAGUUCUGGCGCAAGCUUGUCUAUGUGCAAACUCUGAAUGAGUUGACCUCAUUGGUGGCUGUGGAGAAAGCAGCUAUACCGGAAAAAGUAAAACAAUACGAUGCAAAACGAGUAUAAGAUCCUCAAAUACAAUACAACUCAACCAGAACAACAAAUUGACGUAAAAAAAAAACAUAAGGACCAGGAGUACCUACAUUUUAACCAGCAACGAGCAGCCAUGACUACCCAAUGCCAAUAGUUGCAUACAAAAAAAUACGUUCACAAACUUAGCCUUUCUUUUUACGAAUUAUUUUAUUUUUUUUUUUUAUUUAUACAAAACAUAAAAAUGUUUCCUAACGAAAUUCUUAAGAUCUCAUUUCGGCACUGACGGUAGCUUUUAAAAAAAAACACAUCAAUUUGUAUUAUUUUAAUAAUUUUAUAACAAUUUUAUUUUAUAACCUAACGAAUUCUCAUCUCUUUGAAGAUUGUCCUUUUUUUUUAUUUUUUCGUUCUCAAAAUAAUUUUGUGAUAUUAAACUGAAGUAUUUUUAUUAUUCUUUAUUUUAUAUAUUUGAUAUCAGUUUAAGUACUGGAAUUGUGAACUGAAACAUUCCUUAUAAAAGUAUUUUAGAGCUUUCUAGCCAAUUUCUAUGUAUUUUAGACGACAUUCAUUAUUUUAAUCAUUUCAAAGAAUGAAUGAUGAAUUUGGAUUAGAACUUAUUUCUGUGUGCAGUUUGCAUUAAAUAUUUUAGAGUAUACGUAUUCACACAUUUAGAAUUCAAUAUUACAUCGAAUAUUAUGUAGAUUUUAUAUCAACACAAUGAAUAAAAAAAGAUACAUAAAUGUAUGUAACACAAAGUAUUUGAACAAGAAUCAUAAUAAUUGUAGUUAAAUUUAUUUAAUUUAAAAUAAUAUCUUAUCAUGUCUUAGAUGAAUGGAACAGCCAGUAUAAUGAACACAAGUGUUUGGCUCGAAAUAAUAUACUUACUUAUAUGUUGUGUAUGUAAAUUAAGUUUUCAUUAUUAUGUAUUCUCUCAACAAACAAAAAAAAGUCAUUUUCACUAUCAUUUCAAAUCCAAUUUCAACUGUAUACCUCUCAAAGUAUUUUGCUUUUAAUUAUAUAAAAAGG